AUGAGAGGGGGUCGUAGAGGAGGUUUUACUUGUAGAGGCUUACUCGAUCAGUUUAGACGUAUCAGUUCACCUGAAGAUCAAGAGACUCCCUCUACACAUGAUGCUCGUCAUGAUGAUUUACCUUCCAUGGCACAGCGGACUCCAGCACAUGUUACUUCUACACCUGCAUUACCCCGUCCAUUAUGUACACCUACUGGUUAUUCAUUUGGUGGGUCAUCAUCAUCUUCUGUUUCUACUCCUUGUGCUGGUGGCGCUGCUACUCAUGAUGGCAGUUUUCUUAUUGCACCUGCUAGUGGUAAUUCGACAUCAUCAAUGGAUGGCGUGGCCCAUGCUACAAAUUUAGGAAGAAGGCACAUACAAGUAGUUAAUGGAGUUUUGCAUCCUUCUGAUGUUUGUGCUCGACGGAUCACAUCUAUCUUUAAGGAAAGAAUGGACGAGAAUGGACACUGUUGGAAGAAUGUUUCUAAAGAGACAAAAGACUUCUACUGGAAUGAAUUUCAGAAACACUUCAUUUGGGAUGAGUCAAUUUCAUCUAUUAUCAAGCUGGCAUGGCAGCGCAAAGCUGCAGAACGUUAUAGAUCAUUGAUGUGUGUCUUCAGAAAAGGUAAAGGAAAAACAUUGUAUGUGUCUGAUACUGCGUGGCAAAAAUGGAAUGAAGCAUGGAAUUCCUCUGAUUUUAAAGCUAAAAGCUUGAAAUUUUCUGCAAAUCGGCUUACUGAGGCUGAAGGACCUGGAUCUGGUAUAUCCCGGCACUCAGGAGGAUCUAUUUCUCACAUAUGUCAUGCAGAGAAAUUGCGAUCGAAGCUUGGUCGUGACCCUCUUCCAUAUGAGCUUUUUGAAGCGACACAUACAAAGAAGGGUACCUCUGAGCUUAUUGAUACAAGAGCUCAGGCCAUUAAGUUUAUGCUCCAAAAACCCUAA